AUGCGUUUGUCCUCGUUCCUCCUCGCGGCAUGUGCCUCGAGCGCAUUCGGGCAGUUCAACCACAAUUUCAAGAGAUUCACAAACUCCAGUAUUCCUGCCACAACUACUUCUGGCUCUGUUCCCAGUUCAAUUGAUACCAGUGCUUCUACAACUAGUAGCACUGCCCCAUCCUCGGCGCCCAUCUCUCUUGGAACAGCCCAGCUUGGUGCAGGUGCUAGCUACACCACUGCACUUGAUGGCUCUGCAGCAGUCUCUCUCUUCAUCCGAAAUGGAGUCGCUACGUUCAGACUCGUGCCCUUCCUAGCCAGCUUCGCAGGCCUCCGUGUCUUUGUCGUCUUCAGUAUCCUCGUCAGGCCCCCCCCAAGAGGUCUUAAGCGUCAAGUCUUCGAAGGAUGUAGCCUCGAGGUUCAGUUGGACGGCCAAAACAUCUACCAGCAAGUGAUGACCGACACUGGCGGAUCAGAGCUUGGACAGAGGAGCAACCCUGUCAGGCUCAACGCCGAAGGUCGCCCUGAUCUCCAAUACUUCCUGACUUGCGGCUCCGAUGCAGUUGAGGUUGUUGUUUCUCAUCUUUCUUUCGACCAAGCUGGCGAUGAUGCAGAGACCACACCUAUUGCGCCCCUCCCGACCGGUACUGAAACCCCAGGAGUCUCUAACACUAACUCUGACGGAUUUACUACCAAUUCUAACGGAGAGACUGUCUUCCCCACUGGAACUAACUCCGCUGGUUUCACUACCAAUUCUAACGGAGAGACUGUUUUCCCUCCUAGCACGAACUCGGCUGGCUUCACUACCAACUCCAACGGUGAAACUGUCUUCCCCACUGGAACCAACUCCGCUGGUUUCACUACCAACUCCAACGGUGAAACUAUUUUCCCGACAAACACCAACUCCGCCGGCUUCACCACAAACUCAAACGGAGAGACCAUCUUUCCCACUGAAACCGCAACUGGCACUGAGGAUCAAACUUCCGCUCCAACUGCUACCUCUCCCGCUGGUUUCCCUGACUCCAUUGAUGCUUUCGCCCUUUUUGGCUGUGUCGGAUCUGUUGAUGGCUUCCCUACUUUCGAACUUGCUCAAUCAGAUACCUCCAUGGAUCUGGAUCAGUGCUCUACUCUCUGCCAAGGUCGAGCCUACUUUGGUGUCUAUGAUACUGACUGCUACUGUGGUGACGAGAUUGAUGGCGAGGAAACAGCCCGCACUGAACUGGAUUCCUGCGACAUCGAGUGCCCCGGCGAUGUUACUCAGUUCUGCGGUGGUGAUGCUCAGCGUCGCAGGAUGCACCGUCGCCAGACCAUUCCUUCCGACCGCCUCCUUACUGUUUAUGUCGCUGCUGGUGGUCAAACUGAAAUUGUCACUGAUGAAGUCACUCGAACCAUCACUGAUCAGUCAACCUUUAUCACGACCAUUGCCACUACAGUUGCUGGACCCGCCACCACUGCUACCGAGCGAGUAGUAUACAUCUUUGUUGAAGCUGACUGCGGCGCCUGCAACGGCCAGUGGGUCUACAUCCCUGAGGUUUGUGACUGCCAGGGCGGUUUCCAGUAUGUUCCCUACUUCUGCUUCGGAGGCAGCUGCUCUGGAAAGACUGUGUACAAGUCUGAGGAGUGUCACGAUUGGUGGAACCACAAGGACUUCUUUAUCCCGGCUGACUGUGAGGAAUGUUCCGGUGGAGAGAUUAUAUACAAGCCUUGGGAGAAUUCUUGGGGUACACCUGAGAACUGCAAACCCGAGGAGAUCCCUGCUUGUGAGGGACAUAGGUGCCCUGCUGUUUACCCCAGCAACAACAAGGGUCAUAACGGUAGUGGCAGCAGUGAUCACGGUAGCAGCUACCAGCCUGGCAAGCACCAUGGAGGUCCCGACAGUGGUUCUAAGGGUGGCUCCGACAGUGGCUCCAGCUACGACGACCACAGCAAGGGCUCGGACAACAAGGGCUCAGACGACAAUGGCUCAAAGGGCAAUACUCCCGAGUGCAUUGAAGAUCACUGCACUGGACCAUACGGUGGCGAAUCUAACUCCAAACCCGGUGAUUCCCAUGAGCCCAGCAGCGGCGACUCUCACGGUGAGCCCGCACCUGGCGGCAAGCCAAGUGACGUCCCCAUGGUUGUUAGCGGCGCCGGCAAGCAGGUUACUAGUUUGUUUGCCCUUCUCGCUGCCAUUGUCCCUGCUCUUCUGUAG